CUACUGUCUCUCUUCUUGAUUGCUUCUUGCUGUGAGAAGUUACAUAAUCUUAGUAUUUCAGAGCUUGUAUUAGAGCCUUACUAAGUAACUCUGGUUGUCUGGUGAGCACACGUAGCACUACUUAAGUUUUGUAAGUGGUUUGUGUCACGGACGCCCUUGUAAUUAGCUCUGCUGGGCGCCAGUGAACGUUGCUCUGUAUGUAUUUAUGCAGGUAACGGAGCAAUCCAUGAGGACACUCAGCAUGGUUAUUCUACUGGCGUUUCUGCUAACGCUGUGUUAUGAAGCUGGCAACAUCCAUUGCUCAGCAGUCAGUCACGGAAACAGAACAGACAUGCUCGCGUUGCUCGAGUUCAAAGGGGCUACCAACGACCCAACAGGUGCCCUAAGAUCUUGGGACAGACGCGUCCACUACUGCAACUGGACGGGCGUCGCAUGUAGCCAAGAGAAUCCAUGGCGCGUCGGUGGGCUGUUCCUCGGGGGCGAAAGCUUGUCAGGCGAGAUCACCCCCUCACUUGGGAACUUAACGUACCUUCAGGUCCUCAACUUGUCCUCUAAUGGCUUCUCCGGCCAGUUACCAUCUCUGAACCAGCUCCAUGAGCUCCUCAUCCUCGACCUCAGCUCCAAUUCAUUCCACGGGAUAAUUCCCGACUCAAUCACAAAUUGUUCAAACCUAAAGGCGAUGGAUCUUUCUAGAAACAUGCUAGAAGGCCCGAUCCCCACAAAAAUUGGUUCGCUCUACAAUUUACUUGAUAUAGAUCUUUCUAGGAAUAAUCUCACUGGGGUCAUCCCACCAACCAUCAGCAACGCCACCCAGCUACUAGUAAUUAACCUUCGAGAUAAUCAACUAGGAGGAAUCAUACCUGCUGAACUUGGGCGACUGUCCAACAUUCGCUACUUGAUCUUUGGUGGCAACAGGCUGUCAGGCCCUAUACCGCCGUCAAUCUUUAAUCUGACAUCCCUUACGGUGUUAGACGGGUACCUUAAUAUGCUAGAAAUGGCGUUGCCACUUGACAUUGGUGAUACCCUCCCUAAUCUCAAAAGUCUUACCUUGGGCGGUAGCAUGCUUAAUGGCCAUAUCCCGGCUUCACUAGGCAAUGCUACAAAGCUACGAGUUAUGGAUUUGUCACAGAACAGCCUUGUUGGAGAAAUCCCUACUUUUGGAAAGCUACAAAGCCUAAACAAACUAAACCUUGAGUAUAAUAAGCUUGAAUCAGGGGACGCCCAAAGCUGGGAAUCCCUGUAUGGACUAACAAACUGUAGUUCUCUGUCCUUGCUCUCAUUAGAUAAUAAUCAGCUACAAGGAGACAUACCGGUUUCUGUCGGUAAGUUGUCCGCUGAACUUACUAGUCUACAACUGAAUGGAAACAAUCUAUCAGGAACAGUUCCGUUGAGCCUACGAAACCUGAGUAGCUUAAUUAAUUUGAAUCUUAGUGAAAACAGUUUAACUGGUACAAUUGAAGGAUGGUUAGGAAGUCUAACAAAACUACAAUCUUUAGAUCUUCAUGGAAAUAAUUUCGUCGGGUCCAUUCCACCCUCUUUUGGCAACCUUACGGGACUAACGUUCCUUUUUUUGGCAAAAAAUGAAUUUGAAGGUCCCAUCCCUCCCAUAUUAGGAAAACUUUCACAACUCUCAAGGCUGGACCUUAGCUAUAACAAUCUUCAAGGUGACAUACCUCCAGAAAUUAGUGAGCUUAAACAACUCAUUGAACUAUAUCUUUCAUCUAGCAGACUUUCUGGAACGAUUCCGGAUAAUCUGGGCCAGUGUCAGGGCCUCAUAACCAUCCAAAUGGACCACAACAAUCUCACGGGUGGCAUUCCAACCUCAUUCGGCAACCUUCUGAGCUUGAACACGCUCAACCUCUCCAAUAAUAAUUUAUCAGGUACCAUCCCAGUAGUUCUAAGCGACCUUCAACUUCUGAGCAAGUUAGACCUAUCUUCUAAUCGUCUCCAAGGAGCAAUCCCAAGAAAUGGAGUGUUUGAACAUACCGCCGCCGUUUCACUUGAUGGCAACUGGGAGCUUUGUGGAGGAGCAACCGAUUUUCAUGUUCCCUCAUGCCCAGAUGCUUCUCUGAGAACAGGAAGACACUAUACUUUUAUUCGGGUGUUGAUCCCAAUAAUUGGUUUCCUGUCACUGGCAUUGUUGACUUGGUUUAUAAUCCAUGAGAAGAUACCACAAGCACCAUUUCCAUUGUUGCCUUCUCUUGGGGAGAAAUUCCCUAGAGUUUCUUACUGGGAUCUAGCUAGAGCGACCGGCAACUUCUCUGAGAUUAACUUGAUUGGCGAAGGAAGUUACAGUUCAGUGUACAAAGGAAAGUUGAAACAAGUUAAAAGGGAAGUGGCAGUCAAGGUACUUGACCUUGAGAUUCCAGGCGCCGAGGGAAGUUUUGCAUUGGAAUGCAAAGCGUUGAGAGGCCUUCGCCACAGAAACAUUGUUCCUCUCAUAACUGAAUGCUCUGCAAUCGACAACAAAGGCAAUGCUUUCAGAGCUCUAAUCUAUGCUUUUAUGCCCAAUGGGAACUUGGACACUUGGUUGCAUCAUCCAGGGAAUCAGGCAGCUGGAAGGCAUUUAGGCUUAGCUCAAAGAAUAAGCAUCGCUACUAACAUAGCCAAUGCAUUGGACUAUUUGCACAAUGAUAGUGGGAAGCCCAUCGCCCAUUGUGAUUUGAAGCCGAGUAACAUACUCCUAGACAUUCAUAUGAAUGCUUGUCUGGGAGACUUUGGCAUCGCAAGGUUCUAUGUUGAUUCUAAACUUAGAACGGUUGGAGAUUCAAAUUCAAUAACUGCAAAUGGAACUCUGGGAUAUAUGGCUCCAGAGUAUGCUGAAAGUGGUCAUGCAUCUACUUGUGGGGACGUAUAUAGUUUCGGAAUAGUACUUUUGGAGAUGCUGACAGGAAAAAGACCAACGGAUGAUAUGUUCAGGAAUGAACUCACCAUUGUCAGAUUUGUGGAAACGAAUUUUCCUGAUCACACAUUAAAUUUUCUGGAUUCUCGUCUGAUAAAUGAAUGCAAUGGUGCCGUCGACCAAGUAGCAGCAGGAACGGAAAAUCAGCUGAUCUUUCAGUCCUUGUUCUCUUUGCUACGAGUAGCACUUCUUUGUACAUGCCGAUCCCCAACUGAACGGCUUAACAUGAGAGAAGUAGCUACCCAAAUGCGCAAAAUCAACAAGGUGAACACGGGAGGGAGAGUUCCGAGCUCAACUUCUUUUAAGAGACUUGUCAGCUGGGCUUCUCAAAGGAGCUAAAGAAGAAAAGGAGAUGCAAUUAGAGUCUGCUGAUAAAAUGAUCCCUUCUAAGAAUGUAAUGUAAUGAACUUUAUACCCCAGCUUGCAUUGCCUUUCUGUAUCAAUAUCUUAUUCUGGUUAUAACAAUUGCUGUCUUUUAUUA